GAUGGCGAGUUCAUACAGUUUAUAUGGGAAUUUGAUCAUGACAGGAGUCAUGAAAUUUCUAGUGACAUUUUGGAUAAUUGUGAUUAUCAAUCAAAUAUCUGGCGCCCAGUUAAAAGAUGAUUCCGGAUUGAAAUCAUCGAUUUGCCAGGGAAAAAAUGGCAUUCUAAUGCCCAUGUUUGGCAAAUGUCGGGGAUACUAUAUUUGUAAUGAUGGCCAAGCUAUAGCUGGAUCCUGUGAUGAGGAUAGUCGAUUCAAUCCUCUCACCUUGCAUUGCGACGAUGCGGACAAUGUAAUUUGUCCCUACGAAAUAUCAGCUGAUGACGAAGAUGAAUCGGACAUGGACUCUUCCGAAGAAGAUCAAUUUGAUCAGGAUAGUGAUGAAGUUGAAGAGCCACCGAUUAUUAUGAAGCCAGUGAAGCGACCAGCCAAACCGUCAAAGGAACCCUAUCUGGAUAUAUGUUCAGGCAAACGGAAUGGCGUAGCUCUGCCCAAAACAGGAUCCUGCACUGAAUACUAUGUUUGUAAAUCGAAAAAACCUCAGCUACGUCACUGCCCAGGUCGACAGCAAUUUAGCUCCACUCGCAAGAUCUGCAUGAAGGCCUCGCUGGCCAAGUGCUCGAUAAUUCCGGAAGAGCCCCAGCCAAGUCCCGCCAUCACGGCCGGCUUCUGCUCCGAUGAGAAGCAAGAUGCUCUGGUGCCGCAUAAAGACGAUUGCAAUAAAUUCUUGCUCUGCAGCAACAUGAUGUUCUUAGUUAUGGAUUGUCCGCAAGGAUUGCAUUUCAAUGCCCAAGCCAAACGCUGCGACUACCCAAAGGUCGCACAGUGCAAUAUCGAUAAAAAGGCCACUAAGAAAAUUAACCGAAAGCAAUUAAAUAAGCGAAAG